AUGGUGCUGCAAGGGCUUGGGGCUCUUGGCAGCGAGAGCCCGGCUUGUUCUCUGCGCCCUGGGGCCGUGGCGAGAUGUCCCGUCAGCGAGAGCCCGGGUCGUUCUCUGCGCCCUGGGGCCGUGGCGAGACGUCCCGUCAGCGAGAGCCCGGCUUGUUCUCUGCACCCUGGGGCCGUGGCGAGAUGUCCCGUCAGCGAGAGCCCGGGUCGUUCUCUGGGCCCUGGGGCCGUGGCGAGAUGUCCCGUCAGCGAGAGCCCGGAGCCCGGCUUGUUCUCUGCACCCUGGGGCCGUGGCGAGAUGUUCCGUCAGCGAGAGCCCGGGUCGUUCUCUGGGCCCUGGGGCCGUGGCGAGAUGUCCCGUCAGCGAGAGCCCGGGUCGUUCUCUGGGCCCUGGGGCCGUGGCGAGACGUCCCGUCAGCGAGAGCCCGGCUUGUUCUCUGGGCCCUGGGGCCGUGGCGAGACGUCCCGUCAGCGAGAGCCCGGGUCGUUCUCUGGGCCCUGGGGCCGUGGCGAGACGUCCCGUCAGCGAGAGCCCGGGUCGUUCUCUGGGCCCUGGGGCCGUGGCGAGACGUCCCAUCAGCGAGAGCCCGGCUUGUUCUCUGGGCCCUGUGGCCAGGGCGAGACGGCGAGACGUCCCAUCAGCGAGAGCCCAGCUUGUUCUCUGGGCCCUGGGGCCGUGGCGAGACGUCCCGUCAGCGAGAGCCCAGCUUGUUCUCUGGGCCCUUGGCCAGGGCGAGACGUCCCGUCAGCGAGAGCCCGGCUUGUUCUCUGGGCCCUGUGGCCAGGGUGAGACGUCCCAUCAGCGAGAGCCCAGCUUGUUCUCUGGGCCCUGGGGCCGUGGCGAGACGUCCCGUCAGCGAGAGCCCGGCUUGUUCUCUGGGCCCUGUGGCCAGGGCGAGACGUCCCGUCAGCGAGAGCCCGGCUUGUUCUCUGGGCCCUGUGGCCAGGGCGAGACGUCCCAUCAGCGAGAGCCCAGCUUGUUCUCUGGGCCCUGGGGCCGUGGCGAGACGUCCCGUCAGCGAGAGCCCAGCUUGUUCUCUGGGCCCUGGGGCCGUGGCGAGACGUCCCGUCAGCGAGAGCCCGGCUAAUUCUCUGGGCCCUGGGGCCAUGGCGAGACAUUCCGUCAGCGAGAGCCCAAGUCCGGCUUGUUCUCUGGCCCCUGGGGCCGUGGCGAGACGUUCCGUCAGCGAGAGCCCCGCUUGUUCUCUGGGCCCUGGGGCCAUGACGAGACGUUCCGUCAGCGAGAGCCCGGCUUGUUCUCUGCGCCCUGGGGCCGUGACGAGACGUUCCGUCAGCGAGAGCCCGGGUCUUCUCUGCGCCCUGGGGCCGUGGCGAGACGUCCCGUCAGCGAGAGCCCGGCUUGUUCUCUGCACCCUGGGGCCGUGGCAAGAUGUUCCGUCAGCGAGAGCCCGGGUCGUCUCUGGGCCCUGGGGCCGUGGCGAGACGUCCCGUCAGCGAGAGCCCGGCUUGUUCUCUGGGCCCUGGGGCCGUGACGAGACGUUCCGUCAGCGAGAGCCCGGGUCGUUCUCUGGGCCCUGUGGCCAGGGCGAGACGUCCCGUCAGCGAGAGCCCGGGUCGUUCUCUGGGCCCUGGGGCCGUGGCGAGACGUCCCGUCAGCGAGAGCCCGGGUCGUUCUCUGGGCCCUGGGGCCGUGGCGAGACGGUCCGUCAGCGAGAGCCCGGCCCGGCUUGUUCUCUGGGCCCUGUGGCCAGGGCGAGACGUCCCGUCAGCGAGAGCCCAGCUUGUUCUCUGGGCCCUGGGGCCGUGGCGAGACGUCCCGUCAGCGAGAGCCCAGCUUGUUCUCUGGGCCCUGGGGCCGUGGCGAGACGUCCCGUCAGCGAGACCCGGCUUGUUCUCUGGGCCCUGGGGCCAUGGCGAGACGUCCCAUCAGCGAGAGCCUGGCUUGUUCUCUGGGUGA